GAUCCCCUCAUCCUGAUCUCAUCGACCUUUCCCCGCGCGCGCGCUCGAACUUGAAUCAAAAUCUAUCUCACGCUCCUUCCGAUAGCUUCAGACAAACUUUCUAGUCGACCAACAAGCUCAUCGACUACUUUAUACGUGCUUUGCCUCCCCGUCAGGAUGUCGAAUCAGGCGAUCCUACGACUUACAAGGGAGAUCAAACAGGUCCAGCAAGGGGCAGACCUAUCUCUGGCUGUACACUACGAUGAUUCAGAUAUCCGAAAUGUACAUGCUCUCAUUCUCGGGCCUCCUGAUACGCCAUAUCAGUUUGGAUUCUUCGAGUUCUCAAUCAAGUUUGGGAGGGACUACCCUACCCACCCGCCAAACGUUCGAGCCUUAACGACAAACUGUGGCAGGUGCCGGUUCAACCCCAAUAUCUAUGCUACGGGCAAGGUUUGCUUAUCGAUCCUUGGAACAUGGCGCGGAUCACGCGAAGAGCAAUGGUCGUCUGCACAGGGCCUCGAGUCGAUCCUGAUAUCGAUACAAAGCUUGAUGUCCUCCAAUCCCUACGAGAAUGAACCUGGGUUUGAGGUUGCAAGGUCGGAACAUGAUAAACGAAACUCGAAACAUUAUGUUGCAAAGAUCCGCCACGAGACACUUCGGCUUGCGGUGAUCGAGCCACUGGAGGCGUCUCUGAGUAUCACCCCUUCAAGCGAUGCGAGUACUUCACUCAGUGAUAACGAGGAACGGGAACUGUUGGAGGAAGACAAGCCCUCUUCCGUUCCUUUCGUCGAUUUUCGCAAGAGACGUUUCUUGUGGUAUUUUAGCGCCUACAUGCAGUCAAUAGAUGCUGCCAUGCUGGAAAAUCCACGUAAACAGAAAUUCACAAGGAUGCCCUUCGAACAGGCCAACAAUUCGAUGGACGGCCACUUCGAUUAUGCUGAGCUGAAGCAGCGGCUGGUGGUAAUAAAGACUGCACUUAAUGAGGAAAGCUCCAACUGGUCUGCCGAAGGCCUGGUGGCCAAAGAGCAGGAGUGGGGCAUUGCAGUAAACCUACAGCGCCAAUUCGAACAGAUUAUGGAGAGCAUGAAAAGCCAGAAUAACUUCACAAUCGACCUGAAUUUGGUUGACGACAAUCCGUUCGUGUGGAAGCUCAUCUACUUUGGCAAGCCCAUGACGCAUCUGGAUGGCGGUAUAUUUGAGAUCGAUAUACGCCUCAGUCCCAAGUUUCCAGAAGUGCAGCCGCGAGUUUCCAUGAGAACUUCCUUCUUCCAUGUUCGUGUAAGCCCGGAUGGUGUCUUGUGCUAUUUCCCUCAGCGGUCGGAGGAAAUGCGAUACCAUAUCGACGGUAUCGUGGCAGCUCUGGAGGAAGAAAACCCGCCUUAUGAUCCACGAACAACAGUGAACCCUGAAGCCUCUCGAUUAUUCUGGGGAACACCCGAGGAUCGAAGAAGAUACAACCGCGAGUUGAGACGCUCACUUGAGAGAGCAUUGGAGUAAGCUUGCGGUAAUGCUCGAAUGUUCCUAGCUUCGUCGACG